AUGCCCCCAAAGUGUCGUGAUGAGAAGGUCCAAUCUGGCCUUACCCCAGAGCAGAAACAAUGCAUGAUGCAAAACCAAAUUAAGGCAGAGAUAAAACAACAGUGUAAGAAAACUCCAGGUCUGCCUGAGAACAUUGGUCAUACUUGGUACCUGGCCCUCAAGUCUUAGUUCUCUCAGCCCUACUUUGAGAAGUUGAGUAAAUUUUUGGAACAUGAGCGCAAACGAGCAACCUUCCCCCCAGAGGACCAGGUGUUCUCUUGGACUCAAGCAUGUAAGUUGCAGGACAUCAAAGUGGUCAUCUUAGGACAAAAUCCUUAUCAUAUACCAGGACAAGCACAUGGUAUAUGUUUCAGUGUUCAGAACGGUGCGCCACCACCUCCAAGUUUGGUGAACAUGUACAAGGAACUGGAGUCAGAUAUCCCAGGAUUUGAGUGGCCAUCACAUGAUACUUGCUUACUUGGUUGGGCACAACAAGGUGUCUUACUACUCAAUGCUUGUUUAACAGUCAAGGCCCACAAAGCUAACUCGCAUAAGGACAUAGGCUGGGAGAAGUUUACCGACUCGGUCAUCAAAACAAUAUCAGUACAUAAUAAAGGUGUUGUUUUCCUUUUGUGGGGAUCAUAUGCCCAGAAGAAAGCUAAAGUUGUUCAUACGAAGAAACAUCAUCUGCUCAAAGCUGCACUACCACUGUUUGCUCAUCGUGGGUUCUUUGGAUGCAAACUUCUUGAGAAGGGGGGGAAGAAGCCAAUAGAUUGGACAUAUUUGCCACCACAUAUAUAAUAAGGAUGAAUUGAAGUUCAUGAUGAUCAUCAGUGUUUUACACCCAUUUUCAUUUGUAAAUGUUGCCUUUGCCUUGUUCAUUACAGUACAGUAUUAUUUUUUUAACACUGAUUAACCCUAUUGCACAUCACGAUGUGAAUUGUGUCAAAUCAUUUGGUAGCGCUAUUUGCUUCCUUGAUGUGAAUUGUGUCAUCGAACUUUAAAAAAAAAAUUACUCCCCAAAAAGUUUUCAAGCACAUUGGGUCAAAUUUUCAUGCCUCAUUGAUGACUACAUGAUCUUGCUGGGGAAGCUUCUGAUAGGUCACAUUUGCACCUUUUUGCCUUUUCCAUAUGUCUGGUAAAUGUUUUUGACUGAUGGAGAGGCAUAUGUUUACAAAUUUGUUCUUGUUUUAUUUUAUAUUGCCAAAUGAGAAGUUUCAGUUUCCUCUGUUUUGUCAUCUGCUACCUACAACUAUUCAUUUCACUCUUUAUACAGUUAUACAUAGAUAACAAAUAUGGUUGUUCCAGGCACCAAUAUGUGUCAGUACUGAUGCAGGAAGGUAAGCGAGCCUAUUCAUGGCACGUACUUAGUUAAAGUCUAGCCACCAAAAGAUUCUCUUCAGUAGUACAGUAUUGAAGAAUGGAAAGUGUUGGGUCUGAUGGACCAGCAUCAGAAACAGAGUGGAGAGUGAUUUAUUGCUAGAAAAGGCUGAUGCUCACUAUUUGGUGCUUUCAUUACCAUUGUCCUAUGCAUUCAUAUGCCAGAAGGAAGGCAAGAAUAUAAUUUAUAUUUAAUGCUGUACAGGUAUUGUUUAUUUUUACAUAAAAAACUUUCAUUACAUAAUUGGUAUUAAUUCUUUCUAAACAGUCAGUUUUAUGUGUACUGUACUGUAUAUGAGGUAUGUGGGUCUGGAAGGUUGUGAGCAUUUUAAGGGUUAAAGAUUUUUGUGGCAAUUGUGUGAAUGUUUGUAUUACAACACAAAUAUUGUCAUUACUUGAUGUGUGAGGUCUCCCACAAGUUUAUAAAAUGUUUUGAAACAUCCUGUAUUUAAUAUGAAGGAUAAGCAAGUGAAAUUUUGUUUGCAUGUGAAACAAUUUGAGGUUUUUGUUUGCAGACCAUUAUAGUGUUAGUCUUUGUGAAUAAAUUUUAGAAUUAUGAGAAUAGUUUUAACUUAUUAUGUGCCAUUCUCUGUCAAGGAGGAAACUGUGGUAGAGCUGGAGUGUAUGAAGUUCUCAGGAGUAUUUUAUAAUACAAUACAGGUACCCUGUACUGUACUGUAACUGAAAUUAAACUUCAUUAUUAGUUUUAACAGAAUCAAAUUUUAUAGGUAUGAAAACUUCAUUCAUGAAUUCACAGCAACACUGGCUGACGAGUUGUCAGUUUGCAUUAAUAUUUCUGUACAUUAUUUACAGUAUAAAGCCAACAUCCCCCACUCUCGCUACACCACUUUACACGCAUGCAAAAGGUCUAUUCUUUAAACCCUUGGUAUGGUGCCCUUCAG